AUGUUCAGCCGUCUCAUUUCCGUCGCGGCACUCCUGUGCACAACAGGAUCCGUCCUGGCCGCCUCGUCUCCUUCCUACGACUACAUCGUCAUCGGCGGUGGAACCAGCGGUCUCGCCGUCGCCAACCGUCUCUCCGAGAACCCCAAGGUCAAGGUGCUGGUCGUCGAGGCCGGUGACUCGGUCUACAACAACCCCAACGUCACGGCCGCUGACGGCUACGGUCUGGCAUUCGGCACGGACAUCGACUGGCAGUAUGAGUCGACGAACCAGACAUACGGCGGUGGAAGCAAGCAGGUGCUGAGAGCUGGAAAGGCGCUCUCCGGAACGAGUGCCAUCAACGGAAUGGCCUACACCCGCGCCGAAGACGUCCAGGUCGACGCCUGGGAAACCAUCGGCAACAAAGGCUGGACCUGGUCCUCGCUGCUCCCCUACUACCUGAAGAGCGAGAACCUGACCAACCCGUCCUCACCGCAACUGGCUGCCGGCGCACACCCCAACGCCGACUUCAACGGCGAAGAAGGACCCCUGAAGGUGGCCUACUCCGUCACCUCGCCCAGCCAGCUCACCACCGUGCUGAACAAGACCCACGCCAACCUGGGCAUCCCCUGGUCCGACGACGUCAACGGCGGCAAGAUGCGCGGUCUCAACGUCUUCCCAUCCACCCUGGACGCCGAGAAGCAGGUCCGCGAGGACGCCGCUCGCGCAUACUACUUCCCCUUCGCGGAUCGCUCGAACCUGCACGUUCUGCUGAACACGUUCGCCAACCGCAUCGUGUGGGCUAACGAGUCGUCCCACGAGGCCACCGCACGUGGCGUCGAGAUCUCCUCCCGCAACGGCACCGUCAGCGUCGUCUCCGCCUCCCAGGAAGUCAUCGUGUCCGCCGGCUCGCUCAAAACCCCCGGUAUCCUCGAACUCUCCGGAAUCGGCAACCCGGACAUCCUCUCUCAGUACAACAUCCCGCUCAAAGUCGACCUCCCCACCGUCGGCGAAAACCUACAGGACCAAGUCAACGCCGCGUUCGCCGCUUCCACCCGCUCCAACAUCACCGGCAGCUCAACAGUCACCUACCCGAACGUGUACGACAUCUUCGGCAACGAGACCGCCUCCCUCGCGCACUCCGUCCGCUCCAACCUGCACAAAUACGCCACCGAAACCGCCAAGGUCAACGGCAACAUCAUGAAAGCCAAACACCUCCUCCCGCUCUUCGAGCUGCAGUACGACCUCAUCUUCAACCAGAAGACCCCCAUCGCCGAGAUCCUGUUCAUGCCGGGCGGCGAGGCCGCCAUCUCCUCGGAGUUCUGGUCCCUGCUUCCCUUCGCAAGAGGAAACGUGCAUAUCGGAUCUAAGAACCCCCAGCAGAAGCCCGUUAUUAACCCCAACUACUUCAUGUUUGACUGGGACGUGCAGGCGCAUGUCGGCGUCGCGAAGUUCAUUCGCAAGGCGCUGCAGACGGCGCCGUUGAGUGCGUUGGUCAAGGAGGAAUCGGAGCCUGGGUUCGAGGUCGUCAGGAAGGAUGCGUCCGUCGAGGAGUGGAAGGAGUGGGCGUUUGAUGGGAACUAUCGCUCCAACUUCCACCCCGUCGGCACGGCGGCCAUGAUGCCCCGCAAGUCCGGCGGCGUCGUGGACGAGAAACUCACCGUGUACGGCACCUCGAACGUGCGCGUCGUCGACGCCUCGGUGCUGCCGUUCCAGGUCUGCGGCCAUCUGGUCAGUACGCUGUAUGCGGUUGCCGAGCGGGCGGCGGAUCUGAUUAAGAAGGAUUCGGAGCUUUUUUGA